AUGAGCCAGGCUAAAUAUUGGCCAGUGAAAAGACGCCCUCUUCUUGCACGGCCGGGACGUGCAGGUUAUUCCAAGAGGAGCACAGAGAAUCAUUUAUGUCUCUCUCGCUCUCUUUCUCUCUCCCCUCGCCGUGGAUCGGAGUUCAGCCAAUCUGCGCGCAGUGACGCAGAGUGAAAGGCUGGAUUUUGCCUUGACUUCACCAUCAUAUUUAACACCCUCACUUGCUCCGAGGCGUGCUUCUUCUCCUUCUUCACCCGCUACCCCCUCCUCUUCCGUUUAUCCGGCUGCACGCCCCGAAGGUGUCUCCACUCUCUCCUUCGUCUUGUUACCUGUCCAGACAGAGCCGCCUGCGUUGAGAAUCGUUAACCCACGGAGAGCUGAUUUUUUUUUCUCCCCCGGAUAAGUGCGCGUCGGCCACUUGCGGGGACUUUGCCUUUAAAAAAAAAAGAAAAGAAAAGAAAAAAGCUUGGUAGUGAAGAGACGAGCUUUUGGGUGUUUCUUCUUUGUUUUGGUUUUUUUUUCUACGUGCUGCGCGCGGACGUUGGACCGCGACGCGCGUCUCCGGACCUCCCCCCGUUUAACGGAUCCCUAUCAGGUUUCCUCGUUUUUGGCCCGAUGUGUUUGAAGAGCAGCCGCGUGACGACGAUGUGGUUUGCGCAAAUCGACCGUUGGUCUGAACCAACUCGACCCGGUCCACCUGGACGCUCGCCGAUGAACCUUUGAACAAUCUGCACAAAGCUCGAGGGGGUGGAGGGGGGCGUCCGGGGGGGGGGGGGGACCCCUCCAAUACCACCAACGGGACUCGGAUGCUGAACCUUGAACGCUUGAACACUGAAUCCUCUACUCAAGACGGCAAGUGAAGAUGGGUCAUUGGUCUUUAACGUGUAUUUCAUUAGACUGGCGUCCAGUCUGAUUAACAUCAUCAGCGAUGUAGUCAGCCUGUGCAUAUGCGUGCUCAUCAUCUGCAGUAAAUACUCACACCUGCUCAAAAGGGAGACCAUGAAGAUGAUCCUCCUGCGGAAAUUCCGAGUUUUCAUCCUGAUGGUGUUCCUGGUGGCGUGCUCCAUGCACAUCAUGAUAGACUUGCUGCCCAAGCUGGAGAGGCAAGGCGCGCGAGGCUGCUCCUGCUCGCACUCGCCCAGCGAGGAGCCCCGCGGCUGGGCCAAGCAAGGCUGGCCCAACAAGCACACGCUGCGCAUACUGCAGGACUUCAGCAACGAGCCCAGCGCCUCCAACGUCUCGUCCCAUUCCCUGGAGAAGGGCCCCGCUGCCGGAGACAAGUCUCAGGGUGGGAUCAGGAGACCGGAGCACUACGCCCAACGCGGGGACAGGAAGAGGCAGUACAUCCAGGACGCGCCGGUCAGCAAGAACGCUCCGGCCAAGGGUUCGAGGCUGGCCGCCCUCUAUGAGCACCCUUUGUAUAAAAGGCCUUUGCCUACGCUCACAGAUGAGGAUACGCUGUUCAACGUCAACACGGACAUCCGGUUUGAUCCCAAAGCAGCCGAGCAGGACUGGAAUGGCGAAGGAAAUCCCGAAGAGUUCAGCCCGACCGGAGAGCUGACGGCCGACUCCUAUCCCAACUGGCUACGCUUCCACAUCGGGAUUAAUCGUUACGAGCUCUACUCCAGACACAACCCCGUCAUCGACGCUCUGCUGAAGGAUCUCGUCAACCAGAGGAUCACCAGCGUGGCGAUGAAAUCUGGAGGCACUCAACUCAAGCUCAUUAUGACCUUCCAGAACUAUGGACAAGCUCUCUUCAAGCCCAUGAAGCAAACUCGUGAACAGGAGACGCCCCCGGACUUCUUCUAUUUCUCCGACUUUGAGCGACACAAUGCUGAGAUUGCCGCCUUUCAUCUCGACAAGAUUCUGGAUUUCCGCCGUGUCCCUCCUGUGGCUGGCAGACUCGUCAACAUGACCAAGGAGAUCCGAGAUGUCACGCGGGAUAAAAAGCUGUGGCGGACAUUCUUCAUCUCACCAGCCAACAACGUGUGUUUCUACGGGGAAUGCUCGUACUACUGCUCGACGGAGCACGCUCUGUGCGGCAAGCCCGACCAGAUCGAAGGCUCGCUCGCCGCCUUCCUCCCGGACCUGGCCCUCGCUAAGCGCAAAACCUGGAGGAACCCGUGGAGACGCUCCUACCACAAACGCAAGAAGGCAGAAUGGGAAGUUGACCCCGACUACUGUGAGGAGGUCAAACAGACUCCGCCCUAUGACAGCGGGACAAGACUUCUGGACAUCAUGGAUAUGACCAUUUUUGACUUCCUCAUGGGAAACAUGGAUCGGCAUCAUUAUGAGACGUUUGAAAAAUUUGGAAACGAGACGUUCAUCAUCCAUCUCGACAACGGCAGAGGGUUUGGAAAACACUCCCACGAUGAGAAGUCCAUUCUGGUGCCACUGACACAAUGCUGCCGGGUACGCAAGUCGACCCACUUGCGUCUGCAGCUGCUGGCUAAGGAGGAAUACAAGCUGUCCACUCUAGUGGCGGAAUCCUUGGUGAGGGAUCGUCUCAGUCCCAUCCUCAUCCAGCCACACCUGGACGCCAUGGACCGCCGACUGCGCCAGGUUCUGCAGGCGCUGGUGGAAUGCAUUGAAAAGGAGGGCUACAGUUACGUGGUGGAGAACGACCUCCAAGGGAGCCAAUGGACAGACCACAGUGGGCCGAGGAGGAGUUAGCCGGAUUGAACUUGAGCUGGGAGGAUUUGAAUCGCCUCCUGAUGCGAGAUGAGCGCUUUCGGGCCUCACUGCCUGCUGGUCGGAACCCGGUGGACGCAACAGAACUUGACGCAGGUGACCUCAAUGCGGAACUGGGAUCGGACCAUGAACUUGAGUUGGACCUUCCUGCAUCGUCUUGGCGUUUACAAAAAAAAAAAAAAAAAGACCCAGCCACACUUAGGUGUAGGGUAGUACCACCACAGCCAGACUGACCUACUGCAGCACUAGCAAACCGUGAAAGUCUUGUAAGAGACGCCUUGUCUAUGUCUUCUUCCGGACCUCUUUUGAAUUCAGUGAAUUCUGAGGGAUGUGUUGAGAUUCUUCAAGCUGAGCAAUCUGUUUCGAUACAUACUGAUGACAUCCCAAGCGUUCAAUUGAGUUGACUUGGAGGAGGAGCUACUUGUUUUUGUCAUCACGAAGAGACAAAAAGUAAAGUUGCCUUGACAGUAAAACAAAAAAAA